UCUUGUUUCUCCGCUGCUACUUCUCGCAGAGUAGAUGCAAAUCCACCUAGCUUUUCAGCUUCUUGCACUACUGGAAUACGCAAGUGGUAUCAGUGCCUCUUCAUGAAGCAAGACGUAGACGAUACUGGAGACGCAAAAAACAAGGCUCAAAGGUGGAUUUCGCAACAUCAAGGCUCCCCUUCUCCCGAGUCGCCUGUUGCUCCAUUUCAGGAGCCGUUUUGGGAGGCUCGUGCGGACCGUCACGCGGCGCCUGCUGGUCCACCCAGACGAGCUGAAGAGCAACAUCAACUACAGCAAGGUUCCCAAUCUUUUUUGACGUCCUCUUCGUCUGCUGCUCCCACAGUCGGUCGAGAUGAUCAAGCAGCAAAGCAGAAACGAAAACAACUACAUUCUUCAGGUGAACAAGACAAGCAGAACCGCCUACUUCGUGGGUCGGUUCCUUGGCAUCUAUUGGGC